AUGACGACCGAGCGCAAGACACUGGCAUCAGAACUUAAGACCAUGGAUACUACUACUCCGUUAUGCACUAACAAGCCCGUGGAAAAUGAGGUUGCGGAUCAUCUCGAGACCUCACGGCCAACAAUCCCCGAUGAUGAUCCGUCCAGCAGCAUGUCACUUUCAAGUUUGAAGCAGGAGCUUGACGUUAUCCACAAAGAUACCAAAGUUCUAUUCGAGGACCAUAUGCAGUUUACAUCGAUCCCUUUCCCAGCUCGUGAUUUGGACAAAUUGAGGACUAAUGUGGACCUUUCAUGGUCAUUUGUCUUCAUCAUCGAAUAUCUACAGCACAAUCACUACGCAAGAGCGAAAAUGGAAAUCCAACGUGCCGUGAAUCUUGCUCACGCCGUGGACGAUAAACAUAGCAUUGCGAGAUGUAACUACUGGCUCGGUCGAAUCGCUCUCCAACGAGGAAGAUUUGGCAAGGCUUACUCAUAUUUUCACGACGCAAAGCCAGAUCUCAAUGGUCGAGUGUCAUCCGAAGCAGAGAAUGUGGAUUUCUAUCUGAUGCUUUGCACUCCAGGUAUGAGCACCGAGUAUAGGACUCAGCUCUUGCGCGAAUACAGCCAGUCUGUGACGAACAAGUAUAUCAAUGGCGAAGACGAAGUAUUUCCGAACAGCCCAUGGGCUCGUCGACACCAGAAUCCCCGAAAGCGCAAGCGAGAGCUACGCGAUAUCACAGUCGCUCUUUGUCCAGCCAAACUUUCUAGUUCAUGCCAUAGGCGCUCGCUAAACCUAAAAAUGACCCAACAUCCAUCCCCAGCACGCAAGGUAGUGUGGAUGAUACGGAACACUGACGACCUUGACACUAAUCGAAAACAAGAGCCAUAUGUAUCGAUUAAUAUCUCUACAGAUGAGACCACAGCUGCCGUCGAGGACAGAAAACCUCACACGCGUACGACAAAUAUGAAUUUCCCUAUACUUGAAGCAAGGCGGAGGAAAUUCACAUUUCGUUGUUACCCCAUAGGACUAUCGGGGCCAAGAACGCGUCAUAUUAAUAUCUUCUCUAGGCAGCCUGGAGAGCCGGCCUUGUCGAUUGAAGAGGGGCAGAGGCUAGAAGCUGCCAUGAAAAAACAAAAGAUAACAAUGAGAUAUCUUGAGCGCGAGAGUGAAUUCCUGUCCGAACGGGCCACUGUUGGCACCCUACAAGAUGCCGCUCUUCCUGAUGAGACUACCGACUCGGAUUCAAUGGGUUGGGGGACUGAGGUCGGGAUUAUUGUGGAGGUGCAGGAGGCUCAUCCUUUGCAAGUUGAUUGUCAUUCCGGCGUCCAAGCGCUUACUUUCUAG